AUGUCUAAGCAGUUUGGUUAUCACAACAACAUAAAAGAUUUGUUUUUCAAUGCUAUUUAUAAAAAGAUUGAUUACCAAGAGGAACCAGUUUACAUAAAAUUAAUUGGCCGUGUCAUUCGCAAUAGAGGGAGAGUGGUGAUGUGCACUAUUUCUCCUAUCCUACAAGGAGAGAUGAUAUGGCUAUCUGGAAACUAUGCAACCAUGCUACUUUAUCUCCUGAAACUUUAUCCUGGUGUGUUAAUUAUUUAUUUAGAGCAGAAACUGUGUACUACAAAACCUGACCACAGAAAAACACUUCUAUGGAAAACAUUUUGA